AGACCCUAACCUCUUUACAGUCAUGUUCGUUGUCGUGGUUGAAUUUUCGUCACAAAUGGCUCGUGUGUGAUGUUUGCACACGUAAAUUAAAAUCCCACCUGUGCACCAUCUGUUUGUUUUCUUGUUCCUGAGGUUCUAUGUGUAUUGUGUUUCGAAAAUUUCAUCUAAUUUUUAUGCGGCGAUAAUGUGUUGUUUCCGCACGCAUUGUGGGAUGAUGUGAUAUGAUGUGCCUUGGAUAGUCCACUCUUCUUUUAUUUUUACUGAGACUUGCGCUUUCAUUUUUUCUUCAUUCUCUUUGACAACUCAAUAUCACCAGUGAUCGCAUGCUUUCAGUCGGAAUUUGCCUCAGCUUCAUGGUCUAAUCUGAGUGAUACAUUGUGUCGAUGGAGUUGACAGUCAAUAUCGUAUUGACUGCCUUAUUCAUCCAGUGUAUUCCAUCUAAUACUAAUUGAACAUGAAUUCUUAGUCUAAUUGCUAUAAUCAAUGCUGGUUGCCCCUUAGCAGUCAUGGGUGAUGAAAAUCUGAACACCUUUGCCAAUCUCAAAACAGAUGGUGCUUUUGAUAAUGCUGGAGAUCCAAGCGCUCGUCAGGUUACCAAAACCGAUCUGGUGCAGUUAAACACCUCUAGCCUUCUCAUUGAAUCUUUGAUCGAACAGUGGUGUAACUCGUUGGAUGUGAACCCUGAGGAGCAGCAUAAAUUAUACCUCAAAAUUUGCGAAAAACUCUGUGAGAAAAAACUAAUUGAUGAAUCCUUCCGUCAAGACAAAUUUAAGUUCAUGCGAAGUCAUUACCAGAAGGCCUUUUUUCAUGUGAUAAAUGUUGCCAAAAAUACGCAGCCAGAAAUAUCGAAUCAACAAUUGAUGCUAAUGCCUCGGGCUCUUAAUGUAAGGUCUGAGAACUUAUUUCAGUGGUCCCGCUAUAGAGAUGAUUUUGAGGAAUUAGAAUUCAUUGCUCGCGGUGGAUUUGGUCAUGUUUACAAGGCAAAAAACAAAUUAGACAAUGGAAUCUAUGCAGUGAAAAAAAUAUUUUUAAGUUAUUCUGAUGCCAAUGCCUUUCUUAGAAGUUUACAUGAAGUACAAAUGCUGGCAAAACUAAAUCAUCCCAACAUAGUGUCCUACAAAGCAGCAUGGCUUGAACCUGUUGAAUCAAAAGCUAAACCACCUGAGCCAACUAAAGUUUCAGAUGAUUUGCAAGAUGAAAUGUCAGCCAGACUGAAAAAUGACAUGUCAAGUGUCGUCAUCUUUAGAAACUCAAGUGACUCAUCAUCAACGGGGAAUCAUUCCUCAAGAAAAAGUGACUCCAACAAUCAUUUGAGGAGCGCUACCAGCAAUAAUCAUAAGUUUCCUGCCAGCAAUGCCUCGAAGAGUUGUGUCUGUGAUUGUUCUAAGAGCUCAAAUAGUAACCAUUCACCCAGUUUGCACAGCAAUCAUUCACCUAGCUCACGGAGCAAUCAUUCACCUAGCUCACGGAGCAAUCAUUCGCCUAGUUCCCAGAGCAGUCACUCGCCUAGCUCCCGGAGUAGUCACUCACCUAGUUCCAGGAGUAAUCAUUCCCCGAGCUCUCUCAGCAAUAACGUUGAAGAUCCUGGCAGACCAUCAACUUAUUUACGCACAAGGACAAAGAGCAGUGGCAAAAGUGAGAAAUGUAUGAAGUCAUGUUCGGAUGAUUGUAAAGCUCUUUGUCCCAGAAACAUUUAUGCCAUGAAUCAUUUUGAAGACAAUCGAAAUUAUCAGGAUUCUGCUAUUUUAUUUAUUCAAAUGCAGCUGUGCAAACAAACAUUGCGGCAGUGGCUGCACUCUCGGAACUCCUCACACAAAGCCCCAAACCUUCGUCUAAGUUUCAAUCUAUUUGAACAAGUUAUCAGCGGUGUGGAAUAUAUACAUUCCAAAAAUAUUGUUCAUCAUGAUAUCAAGCCAAGCAACAUCUUUAUUAGUGAAAAUUUUCAAGUCGCCCAAGUAGGGGAUUUUGGUCUUGCGUGCCUUUUGUCUCAUGAGCCUUUGAACCAUAGCAACAACUUCAUCACGUGUCCCCUCCAACAAAGACAAUUCGGCACAAAAUUGUAUGCUGCUCCAGAACAACUGCAAGGCACUUGUACCCCGAAAAGUGAUAUUUACAGCCUAGGAAUAGUACUGUUUGAAUUAGUUUGCCCUUUUAUGACGGAAAUGGAACGAGUUCAAGUGAUUGGAAAACUUCAGACAGGCUACAUUGCCCCUGAAUUUCAAUCUGCUAGUCCUGAAAUCGCUCAUAUUAUAAUGGAACUAGUCAAUAAAGAUCCCGGAAAACGUCCAACGGCAAAGGAGCUUCUCACUUUGGUUAAGAAUUUCCGUGACAUGAACUCGGCCAGAUUCAAACACAUAGCUGAUCAGAAUAGGAUCAUUGAAGAACUUCGCACGGAACUUGAAACCAAGGAUAAAAUUAUUUCUGAUUUGAGAGAGAAAUUAAGACUGUAUGAAGAGGCUAGAAAGUCAAUUUAAUACCUCUUUCUCAUAGAAAUCAGGUUUUUAUAUGGUGGCGUUCCUUCCUUUCCGAAGAAAUUGAGAAAUCGUCAGAAUCACGUGAGAAUUUUUUACUCUUUUCUUCUUUUAAACAUUUUAGAUCUUGAUUUUUUUUAUGAAUCUUUUAAUAUUAGGUUUAUACUCUGAACCAGGAUUUUCAAAGAUAAAAGACAAAUGGUGUCUAUUCAGUUUUUUUUUUUUUUUUUUUUUUUUUUUUAAAUUAGAAGUUCCUGUUAGGAAUUGAAAUAACCGUACAAUCUCUAAGUUAGGUAUUCCAUUGGAUAAUUUCAUCCACCUUUAUUUUUCUAAUUUUGAUACAAUGAAAAUGCACCUUGAAAACUGAUCCUUAAAAAUAACUCAAUGAGCAAGGCUCUUGUUUUUAAUUUUUCUUUUUUCUGAAUUUCGCCAAAGUCUAAAGAAAUUUAUCCAUAAAGGUGACUUGUGUUUUUGUUUUGUCAUUAUCAUUAUUAUUAUUUAUUUCCUUUAGUAUUGCAACCCUGUGAUUUUAGUACUUAAACUCUAGUUUUAUUUGUUGCCAUCCCAUACUUAAUUAUAGAUUUUUUAAAUCUUA